CAGCAGCCGCAUCUUCAACAACAACAGCAGCAGCUUCAACAACAAUAACAACAACAGCAGCGGCAGCAACAACAGCAGCAGCAGCAGCUUCAAGAACCUCGUCGGCUGCGACUGCUGCAGUGGCCGCUGGCGGCGCGGUGCCCGCACGGCGCCCGUCGUCCUCGGCGCGCGAUGAGGAAAAUCAAGCGCGUGCUGGACGGACUCACCACCCCGGCGAGCCCGCAGGCUGCCAAGCCCGAGAACGAGAUCCACGAACGCCUCGGCUCCGAUCAUUUUCAGCUUUGCAAGACCGUGCGCCAUGGAUUUCCGCACCAGCCCACGGCGCUGGCGUUCGACCCGGUCCAGAAGAUCCUGGCGAUCGGCACGAGGAACGGAGCGCUCCGGUUACUGGGCCGUCCUGGUGUUGACUGCCACUGCCAACACGACAACGGAGCCGCGGUCAUUCAGCUCCAGUUCCUCAUCAACGAGGGCGCCCUGGUGAGCGUGUCUGCGGACGACAGCCUCAACCUCUGGAACCUGCGGCAGAAGCGGCCGGCAGUCCUCCACUCUCUGAAGUUCAACCGCGAGAGGAUCACCUGCUGCCACCUCCCGUUCCAAAGCAAGUGGCUCUACAUCGGCACCGAGCGUGGGAACAUCCACAUCGUGAACGUGGAGUCCUUCGUGCUCUCGGGUUAUGUGAUCAUGUGGAACAAAGCCAUCGAGCUAUCCACCAAGUCUCACCCCGGCCCCGUCGUCCACAUCAGUGACAACCCUCGUGACGACGGCAAGCUCCUGAUUGGCUAUGAGAAUGGCACCAUCGUCAGCUGGGAUCUCAAGUCCAAGAAGGUCGAGUACAGAUAUUACUACGACGAGGCGAUCCACUCGGUGGCGUGGCACCACGAGGGGAAGCAGUUCAUCUGCAGCCACUCGGACGGCAGCCUCACCACGUGGGCCGUGCGCAGCCCCGCCAAACCGCUGCAGGUGCUGCUGCCCCACGCCAAGCCCCAAAAGGAUGGGAAGAAGCCGGAUCCCUGCAAGCCGAUCCUCAAGGUGGAGUACAAGACCAGCAAGAUGGGCGAGGCAUACGUGGUGUUCUCGGGGGGCCUGUCGUACGACAAGGCCGGCCGCAGGCCCAGCGUGACGGUCAUGCACGGCAAGUCUGUGUCCGUGCUGGAGAUGGACUUCCAGAUCGUGGACUUCAUGACGCUCUGCGAGACGCCCUACCCCAGCGAGCUCCAGGACCCGUACGCUGUGGUCGUCCUUCUCGAGAAGGACCUCGUUGUCAUCGACCUCACGCAGGCCGGGUACCCCGUGUUUGAGAACCCGUACGCGAUGGACGUGCACGAGUCUCCGGUCACGUGCUGCGAGUUCAUUGCCAACUGCCCCACGGACAUCGUGCCGGCGCUCUUCUCCGUGGGCGCGCGGCAGAAGCGCCACGGAUACAGCAAGAAGGAGUGGCCGAUCAGCGGAGGCAGUUGGGGUCUGGGCACUCAGAGUUACCCGGAGAUCAUCAUCACGGGCCAUGCUGACGGAUCGCUCAAGUUCUGGGAUGCCUCGGCCAUCAACCUGCAGAUGCUCUACCGCCUCAAGACCUCCAAGGUGUUCGAGAAGGCGAGGGGGGCGGCGGCGGCGUCUGGUGCGGCGCGACCGCCCGACGCGGACGAGGACCCCUACGCGGUGCAGAUGGUGGCGCUGUGCCCCGAGAGCCGCGUGCUGGCCGUGGCCGGGGUGGCGGCCCACACCAUCCUCUACCGCUUCAGCAAGACCGAGAGCACCGGCUGCGAGGUCACGUCCCUGGAGGUGCGGCUGCAGUACGAGGCGGAGGGAGAGGCGACCCCCGAGGGGGACCAGGUCCCCUCGUUCCCCUCCCCGGGCCCCGCGGGGACCCCCUCCCAGCCGCUCACCAUGCGCCCCAUCGUGCCCAGUGGGGGGCCCUGCCCCCCCGACGGCCUCAAGGUGAAGUCGUGCCCCCUGCGCCAGGCCCCCGGGUACCAGGCUGAGCUGGUGGUGCAGCUGCAGUGGGUGGACGGGGAGCCCCCCCAGCAGAUCACGAGCCUCGCCCUCAACUCGGCAUACGGCCUGGUGGCAUUCGGUAACAGCAACGGGUUGGCCAUCGUGGACUUUGUACAGAAGUCGGUGCUGCUCAACCUGGGCACCGUGGAGCUGUACGGCUCCAACGACCCGUACCAGCGCCAGCCACGCUCGCCCCGCAAGGGCAAGCAGCAAGGCGCAGGCAGCACCGACGUGUCUUGCAUGCGCCGUCUCAGCAUCUCCUCCCUCUGGGCCGGGUCUUGCAAACGGCUCCGCACGUCCUACUCCAGUCUGGGUGAGAUCACGGAGGGGGCCAGUGCCCAGGACAGCGAACGCUGCAAAUCUCCCACAGCCGGGGAGGUGUUUGAAGAAGACAAACCCUUCCCAAAACUGUUUGACAUUGUUCGAGGAAAGAGCCGGAGAGUAAAGUCUCCCAGCUCGGUGGCAGACUUAGAGCAACCGGACGUCGGGACGGGCGCCACGAGCCCCGGCGGCGAGGCCGUCGCGGCGCCGUCGUGGGCCCCCUCGGCCCGCCGCCGCUUUUACAGCGCCGACGGCGCAGGUGGCGCCGGCGGGCCGAGGUCGCGGGGCCGCGCCGGCGGGGGGCCCCGCUCGGGCGUUCGCGCGAAAACCGCGUCGACCUCCUCCUCCUCCUCCUCCCCGGCCGAGGCCUGGCCGCCCGGAACCAACGGAGAUGCCGGCCUGGGCCUGGGCCUGGGCCUGGCGGUGGCCUCCAACGCCCGCGAGAGCCGCGACAACUCGUUCAGCCGCUCGCGCUCGUCCAGCGUGUCGAGCAUCGAGAAGGAGGCGCGCGAGGCCAUCACGGCGCUCUGCUACGCCGACUCGUUCGGCUGUCGCGCGGCGGGUGGCAGCCCCUCGCCCUGCCUCUGGGUGGGCACCUCCCUGGGCACCGUCAUGGGCAUCCUGCUCACCCUGCCCUCCGCCUCGCCCGCAGAGGCGCGCCUCUCCCAGCCCGUCAUCGUGUCGCCCAGCGGCACGGUGUUCCGGCUGAAGGGCGCCAUCAUGCGGCUGGCGUUCCUGGGCUGCGACGGCUCCCUGACCCCGCCGCCGGCGGAGCCGUGGCGCGACCCCAACAGCGCCGAGGAGCGCGACGAGCGGGACGGGAGGCUCUCGCGCAAGCGCCGGCCCGUCUCUGUGUCUCCGUCGCAGUCUGGGCCCGACCUGCCCGGUGGCGGCGGCAGCGGGGGUGGGCCGGGUGGAGGAGGGGGCGUCGCCGGCGGCGGCGGGGGGCCCCAGGGCGAGCAGCAGUUCAUGUUGCUAUGCUCGGAGAAGCAGGCCAAGGUGGUGUCGCUGCCGUCGCAGGCGGUGGCCUACAAGCACAGCAUCACGGAGACGUCGUUCGUGCUGCGCGGCGACGCCGUGAGCCUGGGCGGCGCCGCCUGCCUCGCCGCGUUCUGCGCCCACGGCCACAUCAUGGCCUUCAGCCUGCCGAGCCUGCGGCCCUUGCUGGACGUGAACUACCUGCCGGUGACGGACAUGAGGAUAGCGCGCACCUUCUGCUUCGCCAACGAGGGCCAGGCCCUCUACAUGAGCUCCCCCACCGAGAUCCAGCGGCUCACCUGCAGCCAGGACAUGUGCGAGAACCUGCAGGAGAUGCUGGGGGAGCUCUUCACCCCCGUGGACACCCCCGAGGCUCCCAACCGUGGAUUCUUCAAGGGGCUCUUCGGGGGCAGCGCCCCCUCUGUGGACCGCGAGGAGCUCUUUGGCGAGACGGCGGGCAAGGCAUCGCGGAGCCUGGCCCAGCACAUCCCGGGCUCCGGCAGCGUGGAGGGGGUGCGCGGCGCCGCCACCGGCGUGGCGGCCGACCUGGCGCGGGCGCGGCUGGCGCUGGACGAGCGCGGCCAGCGGCUCGGCGAGCUGGAGGACCGCACGGCCGCCAUGCUGGCCAGCGCCGAUACCUUCUCCAAGCACGCGCACGACCUCAUGCUCAAGUACAAGGAUAAGAAGUGGUACCAGUUCUGAGGACUAACACCGUCCCUGAAGCCCAACUCCCUCGAUCCGGCGGUUGAGACUGAGCAGUCAAGUGGUGGUGCCAUACCCUGGCCAUGCCCCAUGGCCAUGCCCCAUGGCCAUGCCCCCCCCGGCCAUGCCCCCCCCCCCCCUGGUCAUGCCCCCCAUGGAUUGGGGCAAGCACCGGGAGGCGCGUGUCGCUCCGAGCCAGCCCGCACGCCGCAACCGACCCUGCCGCGUCGUAUACGCGCACACGCGCACACGCGCACACACGCGCACACACGCGCACACACGCGUAUACACACAUACACGCGCGUGCCACCGCAUCGUGUGUACACGUACACACGCCUGUACAGGCGCACGCGCGUCACGUACACGCGGUUAGACACACGCGCACGCGUAUAC